AUGCGGCUGCGCCGUGAGAGCGGGGGCGGCGGCGGCGGCGGAGGUGGCGGCGCCGGCGGCGGCAACUGCAGCCCCGAGGAGCUGCAGGAGCGUCGCGCGCGCUGCAUCGCCCUCGAAAAGGCCUACGUGCACGACGUGUACGAGCAGCUGGCGCCCAGGCUCGCCAGGCCCCGACUGUGGCCACGUGUCCACCAGUUCCUGCGCGAGCUCGAGCUGGGCAGCCUCGUCGCCGACGUCGGUUGCGGCAGUGGCCAGUACUUGGAGUCUGCGGGCCUCGGGGCGUUAGGCUGCGAGCGCAGCCAGGCGCUGGCGCGCGCCGCCGCCUCUUGCGGAGGCCACCAGGUGGUGCUGGGCGAUGCACUGGCGCUGCCAUUCCGCGACGAGGCGCUGGACGCGGCGCUAUCGGUUGCCGUGCUCCACCACCUGGCCUCCACCGAGCGCCGGGUGCAGGCGCUCAGGGAGCUGGCACGCGUGCUGCGCGUCGGCGGCCGCGUGCUCAUCACCGUGUGGGCCAUGGAGCAGACACAGCGGAAGUUCGAGUCUCAGGAUGUGCUCGUUCCCUACCGGCAGCCAACGAAGAGCAGCAGUGAGGACCGCGGCUCGUCAGUGGAACGCGAGAUGACAAGCACAACGACGAGCGAAGACGACCUGCUGGUCUACCAGUCGUACAAUCCACCAGCCUCGGACAGCGACACGGCAGCGCCGGCACGAUCGGGCCGCCGCCGCCGGGGCAGCGUCGACGGCACGGACCUGUCGAGCCCCGGCGAGACGUGCUACAGCUUCAUGCGCCGCGCGCUUCGCAAGCUGUCCUCCAGCAACCACCGGUCCCGGCCGUAUUUCUACAGCAGUUGCCGCGGGGGAUGGUUCUCGGACAACAACACUGCCGCCUCCACUGACAGCAAGGUCACCUCACCGCAGGGGGCCGAAAAAGAGCCACAGCUCGACGCGUGUGCCACUGCCGAGGCGCCUGAGGAAGAGGAGGAUGAGGACGACGGACUCAUUGAACUGCGUCACCUUGACGCGGAGUUGCCCGUCGAGGAGAGUUCUGCAGCGCGGAGCAGACCGCCUUCGGGCCUAGACGGCGGCGAGCGGUUCGUCCGUGGCCAUGGGAAGUCACGCUCGCUAGGUGACGUCCUCAGCAUCAUUCCCGCCAUGCUGCGAGCGCGGCGCAGAAAAGAGGGCUCGCAUGAGUUCCAGAAGCGCAUAUCGACGGCCAGUGACCCGCGCGAGUACUUGCAGAGGAUAGUGGAGGAGAGGAACGGCAUCGUGCGCUCCAAGUCAACGGCGUCCUGCUGCGCCAGGUUCGAGCAUCUGCGCGAGGACUACCAGAUGCCUACCAUGGUGGAGAGCCAGGAGUCGCCCGAAGAACCGGAGGCGAGUGAGGGGCGGGACAGCGAGGACAAGUCGAGCAGCCGCGCCGGUGACGAGGACAUCACCCCGACUACCAACGUGUCCAGCCAGCUGACCACGACGGACAUAGCGAACGGAAACAGUAUCCUGAGCGAGGAGCAGCUGUCAUCGAUAGUCAAAGAACAGCUCGGAUACCUGAAGUCACCACCAAAGGGUUUCAACGGCUGUCGAACAAAGAACUGGUUUAACUCGUUCAAUAACAACGCCAACUUGGAAAAGUGCCUCAUCAGCGCGACAUCGACGACCACUGUCCACGACUACAUCUCGGCCAAGGUGAGCAGAGCUGGCGCGCCGCAGCUCGCUCGGAAGCGGAUGCGCCUCGGCGGUCAGAGGCUACAAGAGAAAUCGCUGCUCAAGAAUUUCUACAACCAAUGCUCCCUAGGCGAAGUAGAGGAGAAGCGGUCCAGAGUUGGUGAUAAGAAGCAGGACGUUCCCAUGUCAACGUACUAUUCCAUGCCCGAUCUCCACACCCUCACAGAAGAGUCAACCGAGCUUCCAGAAAGACCCGUCGAGAACUUGAGAGUUCCUCUCGUCAAGACGGAAUACCAAGAGCGUUCUAAAGACUCUUUUGAUUCUGACAUUUUUGUGGAAGACGAAGAAGCAUGUCGUGUGCUUCAGAACAGGCGCAGGGUAGUGAAGCGAAGCAUGAGCGUCGGUACUAACAAUGGAGCUGAGCCGAGAAAGCAGCACCGACGGUUCUCGGCCUCUUCGGCGUCGGCUUCGAUGUGCGCGUCUCCCACAACACCCCGCAGCCGGAACGUCUCAGAAGACUCAGAAGAAUCGAUUAUCUCCGUGAGGUCACGAAAAUGCAGCAGCUUGCAAAGUGACACCAGUGUGGACAGUGAGGAGUCCAUCAUUUCUGUGAUACAACGAAGCAGCAGUGAGAUCGAAGCUAUCAUGCAACGGAAGGAACUUCAAAGGGCUACUUCAAACAGCCUCAGGGCGUCGCCACUCAGCAUUACGCUGGGAGCACAAGAAGCGUCGUCGCCCGAGUUUUCACCGACGCUUAAAUCAGCACCCAAGAACUCGCCUCCUCUCUUGGGCGCAUUUCCGCGACAGUAUCUCGAGAAAUUCUCCGAUUGCGAGGCCGUGGUUAUUCGAGACGUGAUAGGGGCCAUUGUGUCGUUCGCCCAGUGCACAGACACCAUAUACGUGGAGCAGUGGGAAAACCUGGCGGACUCGCCCCAACAGCCGGAAGCUGCGGAGUCGAUCGGAGAAAUCGGGGAUAACGACAGCGAGUCAGGAGACACGGAAUCUUACAUGUCCAAUCCCGACUGCACAGCUGCCGGUGGUGACGCCAGUUGCUGUGAGGACGAUAUUCCGCAGAUUGAGUUCGACGUGGCAGAUCUGGACGAUCCGUACUGCACGGCGCCCGACACGGUGCACGAGGAAGAGAGCCUCACCACGAGCAGUGAAUCGCAGCAGACUCAGACGUUCUUCACUUGUCCCAGCACCGAUGAUCCCAGCUCGCCCAGGUUUCCGGAAAGUACGACAUCCAGCUCAGAAGGGACCUUGGAACCCGAGACCGAAGUUCCAUCUUCAGAGAACGAACUCGAAACACUUGACGUUCACCCAGAAUAUAGCUCAGUGAGCCCACUAUCGCCAGAAUUUUGGAUCGAAAAAACGAGCGGUGCAUCGCCUACAUUGUCUAACGUUAGUCCAAUCGACGAAAAACCGGACACAGAUGAUGACUUGACCACGUCGAAGUGCAAUACUGACAGUGAUGUUGGCCUUAUCUCGUUUGUAUCCCCAGCAGAUGAAAAGCCAGAAAGUACAGACAUCCCUGACGAUUUCGUGUACAAGAAGGGCACAGAGGUACAAAUUGAAGAAAAAGACGUUGACUGCAGUGAAACACCCAUAAAGCUAACUGUUAUAAAAAAAACGUCGCCGUUCGCGCAAAGCAGUUGUGGAGGCAUGCACCAGUCGAAGCCUGGUGAAAGGUACUGGGAGCACUUGCUACCGUCUGUGCUUUCGAUGGAUGCAGAUGACACUCCGGAAAGUUUUAAUAUCGAAACAUCAAUAAACCAGCAGUGUAAAACACCUGAUGUGAGUCCUGAUGACACUAUUAGUGCAAGCGUAUCAUUACGCAAGCCGACAACAACCGAAGACAGCUCCCCAGACGAAUCUUUAGAAAGUAUAGAGGAAUGCAGUGAAGAAGAACUGCAUGAUGAACGUGAGAAGUCUGAUGUGCUCGGUGAAGAGCGAAAUUCUCCUAUAAAUACACAACCGCAGCUCACGACCUUGGAUCAAGAGCAUGCGUACGAGAAUCAAACUGAAAGCACUUUGUUUGAAGAAGAAAAUGACAAUGAAAGUACGGCUAUUUCAGCAGUGAGUGAUGCACCACAGGUCGCUGCAGAAGACGACGUGGAAGACGAGCCUCCAGAAUUCAACUUUGUCGUCGAGGACUACAGCGAGGAAAGCGAUUCUUGCAACGAGCCGGCAGUCGAAGAAAGCACGGCGCCGACGUACGACUCACUGACAGUUGAAAGGUUAGUGAACAGCACCUCCAACGGCUCCAGUUCAACCGCCAGCUUCCAAACCGUGCUGCAGUGUCCGAGUCCCACGACCGUCACAGCUGACGACGACGAUGACGCUGAAAGGGAGGCCGCCGUAGAAACAGAGGCUCCAGGGGAUGCCGGUGGCCACAGGGGAGAAGACGAGACGUCAGGAGAGGUCAGGGGAAGCCUCGACAGAAAGGAGUCCGCUUCGCUGUCGUCAUCUCAAGAGUCCCUGCAGGACACCGACGGUGGUGGAAGUUCACUGAUGCUCCACAGGUACUAUCACGUGUUUCGUGAGGGGGAACUCGACAGCUUGAUCGACAAGUACGUAGAAAACCUUCACAUUAUCUCAUCGUACUAUGAUCGAGCGAGUUGGUGUGUGAUCGCUGAGAAAGUGCAGGUGUGGACAAUAUAGGACGCAUGGACAUGAUCGUCCUCCAGUGCGUUGUCGACUACGGGGACGUUCAGAAGACAGGAGCUGCGCAGCGUUGCUCGCCGUGGUGUGUUCGGAAGACAGUGUUCUUUAUGCCAUCGGAGACGUUAGUUGCCUGUUCUUCGAUUGCACACGUUAAUUCAACUGAUCUCUAGGCCUGAAAACAAGAAAUACUAAGGUCGGGUGUAGGUUUGGAGAAGCUUAAAGCGUUGUCACCAUACGAGGUACAGCCGUACACACACUUGACAAAAAAGAAAGACAAGUAAUUGUUCAUUUGAAGCAGACUUAUGCAGCAGGUAAUGAAAAAUGCAAUCAGUUGUGAAUUAUGAAAUAUGUACAGCGUCAGUAAUAUUGACAUAUUGUGAGCAAAUAAGAGAGCAUUGAACGGUUUGAUAACACUUCAGCCGUCAUAUAAUACGGUAAAGUCUUCUAUAGGUAGCUAGCCCUAAUUCUGACUCUUGAGAAGUUUCAGUUGAGCGAGGCCAAACAUAUAUACAAUAAAAGACAAAAUAAUCAGAGCUCUCGAGCAUACGGGUUAGAAGAAUGAAAGUGGUAUAGUGAGAACAGACAUCAGUGGUUUUACAGCAAAGCUUCUGUUGAGACUGUGUGCGGUGGAGUAAAACGUCUGUUCGUAACGUACGCUCCAAAUGACAGCCAAUUUUUUUUUUUUUGAAAUAGCUACAAGAGCUAACGCAAUUAAAUUUGAACAGCAUGUUGGACGUGUUAAGGUAUAUGUGCGCGGAAAGUCACAACCGUGUAAGGUCAUCAGGCGCGUUUUGGGAAAUUACUUCUGGUUCAUUGCUAUUUACAGCCUUAUAGGGAGCUGAACAGUGCGUCAUUUUCCAAACUUUAUUGAUCGUAUCAGGCAUAAACUGCGUUGAAAUCAUAUAAAUUGUGGGAGGAACUUGAUGGAGAAAUAUUAAAGUUUUGGAUUUACGGAUGCCGUACGCCACCGGAGACUUUAAUUAAAAAGCUCAUUUGAGCAGUGGAUUAUAUUUCGGAAUGUUGUAAGCAAACGGCUCACCAUUUCCGUGUUACGCAUUGCACACAUGUAAGGGAAACCUUUUACGCUUGGCUUCAACUGUUUUAAGCAUUGUUCAAGGCUCAAAAGUAUUAAACUUUAAAGGGUCAAAUGCAAGCGAUUGAGCGUUCAAAGCCUCCGGUGCAAACAGCUGUGGCUCUGCGCGCGGAGGUGGUGAGAAAGGUACACGAGGGUUGCAAGGAUAUUCCACUGUAACGAGAAACGCCUCUUGCAGUGAAGGCAGCUUGGGGCACUGCGGUUCCUUUGUAUCAACUCUGCUUCGCUGGAAUUUAGGGUGUCACUCUGCAAGUUCGCGCGAAGUCUGCCGGCUUUUAUGCGGUGCAUGGUAACUUAAAGGUCAACAACAACGACGAGGACAACAACAAAGUACUAGACGAAAUCCCAAGCUAAGACGCAACAAGGAAACAAAUCAAGGAAUAUAGUUUAAGUUUUAUUGUCCGAUGCUGAUGCAGGUGUGGAACUACUUGCUGUUGUUUCUUGUUGAUCGUACUUCUAUAUUCCGAAUUUUCCCUUCCAACUCCUUGCUGUUAUUGUUUCGUUAUUAUUAUCGCACGUCGAGUACUCGUUAAAGUUCUGGGAUGUUGGGCGUAAUCACGUAACUUGACGCUCUUUUAUUACAUAUGUGCAUAUAUCUCCCUGUUCCCUAAGGGACCCUUAUAUUGUGUGCAGUGCGACGAGAAGAUUGGAAGCGCGGAAGAUUGGAAGCGCGUGAUGAAGGGGCUGAAGGCAACAAACUUUCGGUAACUCCAUUUAACACAAGAGGGCAAAUAAUGUAGUUUAAAAAAGAAAGAAAACAUAUGCGAUCGCAUGCAAGCGUGUAAUACAAUGUGGACGAGCAAACAUAUAUGAACAAUGGGAAACCAUACGCGACUGAAACUCCCUCGUACUUCGACCGCCACAACAGUGUCAACAGAAAAAAAAAGUUUUUUCGAGGUAGUAAAUGCUUACAUUUUGAAGUUUAAAACCUAUCCAUUUUUCAUUUGAAGUUCCAAAAGGUAUAGUCCCAAGGAAUGAGGCGUAGAUGGUUAUUGUUCUCAAUUUGUGGUGUAGCAGCCUUUGUUGUGCAACAACGGACAGACGUACGAUCGGAGUUGUUUUGCACUAACAAGCGACGAGUCCACCGCUUGUCUUGAAUUUGUCUACAAGUGCUAGAGCGUUCAAACGUUGAACGUGUGUAUUAAGAGAACAGCACAGCGGUUGUGGAACCUUCAGCAGUCUUCCUCUAAAUCAGAGCCGAAUAUUUGCGUACGCGAGUACUGCUAUUGACGACAUGCUGGCUCCUUAGGUGUUGUAUCGAUAGCUAUAUGAAUAGUUCUUAUGAUUGGCUGACGCGAUGCUUGUAUUCCACAAAGACAUCUUAAGUUCUUUCAAUUUUUUAAAGGAAAUAUCACCAGAAAAAGCAAGCUUCGAAUUCAUGACAAGCGAGAAAACGAUUGGGUGUGUGCACGACCGUAUGCGUGACGAGAGCUUCUGUUCUCCAGACUCUGGAUGUGAUUUAUUGCAUGGGUGUCCUAAGGCGCCUCUGGUGCUUCAUUUUCUUGAAAACAAUAAUUCAGUUAGCACUGUUGACUACGGCCCACCAAUCUAUUAUAUUACUCAAAGCAUGCCUUUAAGAUCAACAUACCGAGUGAUCAACUUCUUUCGUAGCCUAUUUAAAGUAAGCUAUAGCAAGAAGUUUAAUCUUGUACAUAUAACAUAGCUGGAGAGCAGAAAUUAUCCCUCGUGUAUAUUUAUCACAAUACAUUUCAUAUUUCAUAUUCCGUGUUUUAAAUGCAUAACGUGGCACUUGCCACACAGAAACGUUACGAUCAUCUUGAUGAUCGUAACGUUUCUGUAAUUGAAAUUGAAAGUAAUUGAAAUUGGCCUUUCUGCGAUCUGUAUUUGGCUACAUAUCAUUUUUCGCACCAACAAGAUACUUUGCUGGCUACUCUAUGACACAACAUCUCGCCGUUUGGUUGCGUUAUGACAUAGAAAAUGAAAGUACACGUUAUUAUUAAUCGAUUAUCUCCCCGAGUGAUUACAACGACUUUUUUAUGCUUACAUUAUGAUGUCAUCAAACCGUGUGAAUAGAAUGUAAAUAAAAAUCUUGUUAU